GCAGCGGCCAUCUGUGCGGGGACCGAGGCGUGCGGAAUCUCCCGACCCUGCGUUGUCCUGAGAACAUAAAACCUUUAUUUCAGCUCGUUUCCGCUCACUCGGAACCCGCAAGUGCCGGAGAGAGGUCGGAAGGAUGAGGCUGGAAGUGGCAAUCCUCGCGGUUUUGGCGUCGGUAGCCGUCACCACGGACGCCGCUGUCUACUUCAAGGAGCAGUUUCUGGACGGAGACGCAUGGAAGAGUCGGUGGGCUGAAUCCAAGCACAAGUCAGACUAUGGCCAGUGGAAACUGACUGCUGGGAAGUUCUAUGGGGAUGCCGAGGCUGAUAAGGGUCUCCAAACCACACAGGACGCCCGUUUCUACGCCCUAUCCUCUCGCUUUGAAGCAUUCAGCAAUGAAGGCAAGCCCCUGGUCAUCCAGUUCACAGUAAAGCAUGAGCAGAAGAUUGACUGUGGAGGUGGCUAUGUCAAGAUCUUCCCCUCCAGCCUUGACCAGAGCGAAAUGCAUGGAGAGUCACAGUAUUACAUCAUGUUUGGCCCUGAUAUUUGUGGAUACAGCACAAAGAAGGUUCAUGUGAUUUUCAACUACAAGGGACAGAACCACCUCAUCAAAAAAGACAUCAAUUGCAAGGAUGAUGAGCUGACCCACCUGUACACGCUGAUUCUGAAUCCAGACCAGACGUACGAGGUCAAGAUUGACAAUGAGAAGGUGGGGUCAGGCAGCCUAGAGGACGACUGGGAUAUGCUCCCUCCUAAGAAGAUCAAAGAUCCUGAGGCCAAGAAACCCAGUGACUGGGAUGACAGGGCUAAGAUUGACGACCCCAGCGACACCAAGCCAGAGGAUUGGGACAAGCCAGAGACCAUCCCUGACCCUGAUGCUAAGAAGCCCGAUGACUGGGAUGAGGAUAUGGAUGGAGAAUGGGAACCUCCCAUGAUCACCAACCCAGAAUACCAGGGUGAGUGGAAACCCAAACAGAUCGACAACCCUGACUACAAGGGAGCCUGGAUCCACCCUGAGAUCGACAACCCAGAGUACUCUGCUGAUGCCACUAUGUACAAGUUUGAUAACAUUGGAGUGUUGGGUCUGGACCUAUGGCAGGUGAAAUCAGGCACCAUCUUUGACAACUUCCUGAUCACUGAUGAUGUCAAAGAGGCGGAGGAGUUUGGGAAGGAAACCUGGGGAGCUACUAAGGGACCAGAAAAGAAGAUGAAGGACGAACAGGAGGAGGUGGAGAGGAAACUGAGGGAGGAGGAGGAGAAGAGCAAGAAGAAAACCGAGGGGGAUGAUGAUGACGAAGAUGAUGGGGAGGAAGAUGAGGGGGAAGAGGAAGGAGAGGGGGAAGAUGAGGAGAGCGAGGAAGACUCUCAGACAGAGGAGGAGGACAAUGACGUCACGCCAAAGGAUGAGCUGUAGAGGAGAAGAGCUGGCGGACAUAUUCUGCUCCAACCUCUGUGCAGCUCCUUCAGCGGAGGACCGCAGGCGUCUCUCCUCCUGAUUCUGGUUUUAAACAAACAUGCAAACAACAAACAAAUCCAAUGGACUUGGGCUCUCCAUACAGAAGCCUUUUAUCCAGGUGAAGGGUUGGGGAAGGGUUGGAGGGGGCAGGCUUAGUUUCCCUUUUUUUUUAUGGAUUCCUUCAUCUUUUUUUCCCCCUUUUUAGAAAGUUAGAGAAGGGUUUACAUUUUUCUUUUUGUGUGUGUGUGUCUGUGUGUCCAUCCCAGAGAGAAUUUUAUAAUUUAAUGUGAUUUCAGAUUGUGGUCAGUCCUGUUUGAGUGUGAAUCCUACAGUUGUUUUUAGGUGCUGCAUUUUUUUUCUUUCUUUUCUUGUGUUGUUUCCCAAUUAGCAGUGACCGGAGAUGUCAGGAGGCUAAAACCACCCAAAUUCAGUUCACCUUUUUGACUUGCACAAUAGUUGCCUACCUGUUUUUUCACGAGUAAAUUCAUGAUACAUAACCUAUCCCAAGGAGUAUCAAACUGAAAGUUGUAUGAAGAUGGGAUAAUAAGCUAAAAAAAUAAAUGAAACUGAUUUGACUUUGUUUUUUUGUGCUUUUGCCUUAUGAUGAUUGCCAUUUGAAAGUCCUUCGGUUAUCACUGAUGCACCGCUGGUCUUGAUCAGCAUUUUAUCUUUACUGUGUCAGGGUUAAUACUCCUCUCUUCUCUGUGCCCCUGACCAAGAUGAUAGAAAACAGAACUGGAGUUGGUCCCCUGGCGCUGCAGCUGCCCACUGCUCCUAUACAAUAGGAUGGGUUAAAUGCAGAACUCAGAUUUCAUUGUAACCAUUCAUCCAUUAUCCAAGCCGCUUAUCCUGCUCACAGGGUCGCAGGGAUGCUGGAGCCUAUCCCAGCAGUCAUUGGGUGGCAGGUGGGGAGACACCCUGGACCGGCCGCCAGGCCAUCACAGGACCAACACACAAACACAUUCACUCCUAGGGAAAAUUUAGUACGGCUGAGUCACCUGACCUACAAGUCUUCGGCCUGUGGGAGGAAACCGGCGCCCCCGGAGGAAACCCACGCAGACACGGGGAGAACAUGCAAACUCCACACGGAGGACGACCUGGGACGACCCCCAAGGUUGGACUACCGCGGGGCUCGAACCCAGGACCUUCUCGCUGUGAGGUGACCGCGCUAACCACUGCGCCACCAUGCCGCCCCGUUGUAGCCAUACAGUGACAAAAAUAAAGUGGCUUUCGUUCUUUCUUUCCCUCAAUCUAAUAAGCUUAAGCCGAUCAUAUAUGUCCAAACUGUCCAUCUAGUCAUCACAUCUUUAUUUGCGCUGGCUCCUUUUUUUCCAGUGUGCCGUGAACUAAGGACCAGUUGUUGACCAGUGGGGUCCUUGCACUUUUUUUUUCUAUAUGAUUUCAUAUGCAGUACUAUAUGUAUUUAUCCCAUCAUAAUUUAUUUAAUCAUUGCAGUCAUUCUCAUGAAACAGACAACGUGUCAGUACUCAAAGCUCUGAUUUUGGCAUGUCUUUCUCCUGGUUGUGUGUAUGUGUGAAUAUGUCUGCUAGCAAGAGACUAUCAGACAAACUGUGAUUCACAAUCUUCGGUUUUUUUUUUUUGGUUUUUUUUUUUGUUUGCUCUGAAUAAGUUGCUGUCCCCAUGGCACACACUGUUUGAAUGAAUAAAAUGAAACUUCUCUUCAACGUUA